AAUUUCUAUUUAACCAAAGCCACUCAAGCCAUUCAUCUUCAACACUCAUCCACAAGUAGUCAAACCCUUCUUCUUUAUCCCGAUCUUCACCAUUGACCAUGGCUUCCUUCGUGGCUCGGCUCACUCUGGCCCUGAGCUUCAUAGCCCUCGCCUUAGCCGGCUACUCUCUCUUCCAAAACACACUCUCAUCCCCCAGCCGGCUCACAAAGCUCAUCCCCAAUUGGCUCGACAACACAUUCGACUCCGCCGACGUCCUGUCCUACCUCGGCUUCGGCAAAUCCUCCGGCAAGCUUUCCGACGCAAACUGCGUCUUCUCCGCCGUUAAGGAAAUCGUCGACGCCGCCAUAAAUGCCGAGACUCGCGUGGGCGCCUCCCUCAUCCGCCUCCACUUCCACGACUGCUUCGUCGACGGCUGCGAUGGAGGAAUCCUCUUAAAUGACACCGCCAAUUUCACCGGAGAACAAGGUGCACCGGCCAACAGCAACUCCGUCAGAGGCUUUAGUGUAAUAGAGCAGGCAAAACAGAACGCCCAAACUAAAUGCGCCGACACACCUGUAUCCUGUGCAGACGUCUUAGCCAUUGCUGCUCGUGAUGCUUUUAGAAAAUUCACAAACCAAACGUACAGUGUAAUGUUAGGUAGACAGGAUGCAAGAACGGCGAACUUAACCGGAGCUAACACCCAACUUCCGGCGCCGUUCGACAACCUCGCCAUACAGACGCGGAAGUUUGCCGACAAGGGUUUUAUAAUCUUUAAAUUAUAA